UCAAGCCCUUGGUUGGAAAAAGUGUAUACAAUUCAAUUACUGCAGUAGAAUUCCUUGUGGACAAACAGCUGGAUUUUAUAACUGAAGAUAGUGCCUUUCAGCCCUAUCAGCUCACCUUUGAGAUGAGCUCAUCUUUCUCCAAGAGUGAGGAAAGAAGUACAAAAUGGACUUCGCAGUCUUCUUUUCUAAGUGUUCACACCAGGCACUCUCAAUCAAAGGACGACGUAGACAGUCUAAACCCAGUUCUCAGGGAUAACCCGCAGUUACAUGAGGAGGUAAAAGCCUGGGUAAAGGAACAAAAGGUUCAGGAGAUUUUUAUGCAAGGUCCGUACUCCUUAAAUGGUUAUAGGGUGAGAGUGUACAGACAGGAUUCUGCCACCCAGUGGUUCACUGGUAUCAUUACUCAUCAUGAUCUCUUCACCCGCACUAUGGUUGUUAUGAAUGACCAGGUGUUAGAACCUCAGAAUGUUGAUCCUUCUAUGGUUCAGAUGACCUUUCUAGAUGAUGUUGUUCACUCUUUGUUGAAAGGUGAAAAUAUUGGCAUCACUUCACGCCGACGGUCUCGUUCCAACCAGAACAGCAACACAGUCCACGGUCAUUAUACACGUGCGCAAGCAAAUAGUCCCAGACCAGCAAUGAAUUCCCAAACUGCAGCACCAAAACAGAAUUCUCACCAGCACCAGCAACAGAGGAAUACUCGGCCAAAUAAGAGGAAAGGCUCUGAUAGCAGCAUGCCUGAUGAAGAGAAGAUGAAAGAAGAAAGAUACGAGUAUAUAGGUCGAGGAGAAAACCCCAAAACCAAAAAUAAACACUUCCUUAGUAAAAGAAGAAAACCUGAAGAGGAUGAAAAAAAAUUGAAUAUGAAGAGACUGCGGACGGACAAUAUCUCAGAUUACUCUGAGAGCAGUGACUCAGAAAUUUCAAAUAAAAGAUUAACAGAUUCGUCCUCAGAGCAAAAUUCAGAAAAUGAGUUAAAAAGCAAGAACACUUCAAAGAUAAAUGGAGAAGAAGGAAAAUCCCAAACUAUUGAGGGAGUAGAACAGACACUAACAGAUAGACGGUCUCCAUGGGAUGAAAUGCAGGAGGAUAAAAAACAUGAAGAGACAGAAAGACUGAAGUCUCCUUCUUAGCAGAAUGCCAAGGAUCCACAUGUUCAAGAGUGCAAUGCAGAAAAACAUCAUACUGCGGAAUUAAAAAAUGAGCAAUUUAUACCCAGACCUCCUACUCCGAAAUGUGUUGUUGACAUUACUAAUGAAAACAACUCCGAAAAGGAGAGCCAAGAUAAUGCUGCAAGUACCUUUGGUUUGCAAACGGUUCAGAAAAUAGAAUCUCACAGCAGCGAUUUAAAACAGCAGUUUGCAAAUGCAAAUUUCCUUGAAGCAAGAAAACAGGAAGCUGAUCAAAGUUGGGUUAGCGGUGUUGUUAACAAAACGGAUUUGAUACAACCUGGGGUUGUAAAAACGUUACCAGUAAAUGAACACUUAAAUCCUGAAAAAGAAAAAGUGCAGUAUGGCUCGUUUAUGUCUUCGUUAAAUGUAGCUUCUCUAGCAGAAGAGAGUAAACUGCAUAAGCAAAGUCCAGUCCCCGAUUCUGUGAAGUCAAAACCUAGUGCUUCAGUUGAUCAUCCUAAAACAAAGUCACCAGAUGUUAAGCCUAAAUUCACCCAAUCUUCUGAUACUGUGAAGUCUAAGGUUAGUUCCCAAAACAGCCACGCUACUGGAUUAACAAGGUCAGCCAAUAAAACUGAUCAUGAUUUGCCUAGGUCUAGUUUUCAUCCGGUUCCAGCUAGAGUUAGCGCUCUAGAAGCUACUAAAAGUCCUCUUAUCAUUGACAAGAAUGAACAUUUCACGGUGUACAGGGACCCCACUCUGAUUGGACAAGAAACAGGAACUAAUCACAUUUCACCUUAUUUGCAUCAGCAUAAUUAUCCUCUGCAUUCCUCAUCCCACCGAACCUGUUUAAAUCCAAACGCUCAUCAUCCUGCAUUAACUGGUUCAUCCCAUCUGCUAGCUGGGUCUUCAGCUCAGGCUCCCUUGUCCGCUAUUAACACUCACCCCCUUAGUACCGCAUCUCACCAUUCUGUUCAUCACCCUCAUCUACUUCCUGCAGUGUUACCCGGAGUGCCUGCUGCCUCCUUGCUGGGUGGCCAUCCGCGACUAGAGACUGCUCAUGCUAGCAGCUUAAGCCAUUUGGCAUUAGCACACCAGCAGCAGCAACAGAUGUUACAACACCAGUCUCCACAUCUUCUUGGACAAGCUCAUCCUUCUGCUUCCUAUAAUCAGCUAGGGCUUUAUCCAAUUAUUUGGCAGUAUCCAAACGGAACACAUGCUUACUCAGGACUCGGUCUGCCCUCCUCCAAAUGGGUCCACCCAGAAACUCCGGUUAACGCAGAGGCUUCCUUGAGAAGGAAUACUCCCAGCCCAUGGUUACACCAGCCCACCCCGGUGACCUCAGCUGACAGCCUUGGUUUACUGAGUCACAUUCCUGUGCGACCGUCCAGUGCAGAUCCCCUUCGGCCUCUCAAACUGACAACGCAUUCCAGCCCACCGUUGUCCAAAAGUAUCGUAGAGCAUCACAAAGAAGAACUGGAGAGGAAAGCGUUUAUUGAACCUGUACGUUCUGUUACAACCGCACCAGUAAAGACGGAGCUAGAGCAAAGCAGAACACAGACAGCAAAGGAGAGCCAUAUGCACAGACAUUUUGCAGAUCCAAUGUUGAACCAGCUGCCAAGGCCACCACAGGAGACUGGGGAGCGACUGAGCAAAUACAAAGAAGAACACAGGCGGAUACUCCAAGAAAGUAUUGAAGUUGCUCCUUUUACAGCUAAAAUAAAGGCACUGGAGGGAGAGAGAGAGAACUAUUCCAGGGUAACAUCCUUAUCUUCAAGUCCCAAGAGCCAUUCGGUAAAAUACGAUAAAGACUCUGAACGCUCUGUGUCAGAACUGUAUAAAAUGAAGCAUUCAGUUCCACAGAGCUUGCCGCAGAGUAACUAUUUCACCACCUUGUCUAACAGCGUGGUAAAUGAACCGCCAAGAUCGUACCCUUCAAAGGAAGCUUCAAGUGCAUAUAUUGAUAAGCAAACUAAUUGUCCUUCCACAGCAGCCAGUCCCCAGUCGCUCCCCUCUUACAUUUCUUCUCUUUCAAAACCUCCACCUUUAAUUAAGCACCAACCAGAGAGCGAAGGCUCUGCGAGCAAGAUACCCGAGCAGCUUUCACAGUCAGUGCAGUCUCACUCUGUAAAUUCUUUUAGGAGUGACAGCAGGAGCCCUACUCAGUUGUCAAUCUCAUCUUCAAAUACACUCCGGAGUAUGCCUGCCUUGCACAGAGCCCCCGUGUUUCACCCUCCUGUGCACCAGAACCUGGAGAAGAAGGAAAGCAGCUACAGCAGCCUUUCGCCUCCGACUCUAACUCCUGUUCAACCCGUUAACGCUGGUGGUGGCAAAAUACAGGAGUUGCAGAAACCACCAACUUUAGUACCUGAGCCUAAGGAAGCUCAGACUGUUUACAAGGGCACUUCUGAACAGAAUUUAUCAGAAAUCUGGAAGUCCAAUAAUGCCCCAAACAAUGAAAAAGUGGAUUGGCAUGUUGAAAGAAUGAGUGGAAAGUCACAGUCCGCUACAGCAUCUGUUAUUGUGCGUCCUCCUUCUAGCACGAAAUACGAUAGCGUACCAGUAAUGCAGCCUGCUUCCAAAGAUCGAGUUAGUGAGAGAUCUUCAGCUGUGACAAAUCAAGCAGAUUGCCUGAAAACAGCGGAAGCCAGGGAGACUGGAAGAAUCAUUCUGCCAAAUAUGAACUCAGACAGUGCUCGCACACAGUAUGAAAAGAAAUUUCCAGCUGUCUCGCAAGGCAGCAUUCCUCGUGCUGUCACCCCUACCACAACUAUGAUCUGCAGUACCAAAACGGAUGUCACCGCAUCGGCAGCAACAACUACCAGCGUGUCAAGCUGGGGUAGCUCAGAAGUGACUUACUCCUUAUCGAACACGGUCUUGGCCUGCGCGCCGCUGGAGUGUACUGCCUCGAGAGCGGCAAGUCAGGCGGUGGCGCAGACCCAGGAAUGCAAGGUCAGCACUCCAGCUCCGGUUACGCCCGCCGCUGGCAAGACAGGCAGCGCUGCUCAGCCCAGCUCGGGAUUCUCCACCUCCACCGACUUUGUCCAUUUGAAAAAGCACAAGGCAGCCUUGGCUGCAGCUCAGUUUAAAAGUAGUAACACCAGUGAGACCGAGUCCAACUCUGUGAAAAAUCAGACAUUUUCAACCUCUCUCUCCCUAGACAGUGCUAUCGUCUGUAAUACAAUAAACAAAGCGAACUCUGUAGGCAGUGGGCAAACUUCCCAGACGAGUCAGCCAAACUACCACACUAAGCUGAAAAAGGCUUGGCUAACAAGACAUUCAGAGGAAGAUAAAAACACUAAUAAAAAAGAGAAUUCAGGGAACAGUGUUUCAGAAAUUAUUAAGCCAUGUACUGUCAAUUUAAUAGCUUCUACAUCAAAUGAUUUGCAGAAUAACAUAGAUAGUAAAAUCUUGGCAGAUAAGUUUGCGAAGGAAGAUAAGCACCCUCGGAGAAAAGCAAAACGAACUUAUGAGUCUGGCUCUGAAAGCGGAGACUCUGAUGAAAGCGAGAGCAAGUCAGAGCAAAGGACUAAACGGCAGCCCAAGCCAACUUACAAAAAGAAACAAAAUGAUUUGCAGAAAAAAAAGGGUGAUGCAGAGGAAGAAGUAAAACCGAAUGGUGUUCUUAGCAGGAGUGCCAAAGAAAAAAGCAAGCUGAAGUUACAGAGCGGCAGUAACAGCACUGGUAUACCUCGCUCAGUGUUAAAAGAUUGGCGCAAAGUAAAGAAGCUGAAGCAAACGGGAGAGUCCUUUUUGCAGGAUGAUUCUUGCUCUGAAAUAGGACCAAACUUGCAAAAAUGCAGAGAAUGUAGGCUAAUAAGAAGUAAGAAAGGAGAAGAACCAACUCACUCACCGGUAUUUUGUAGAUUUUACUACUUUCGGCGGUUAUCUUUCAGUAAGAACGGAGUGGUUAGGAUAGAUGGUUUCUCCUCUCCUGAUCAGUAUGAUGAUGAAGCACUGAGUUUAUGGACACAUGAAAACUAUGAAGAUGAUGAACUGGACCUAGAAACUUCUAAAUACAUUCUAGAUAUCAUAGGUGAUAAAUUUUGUCAGUUAGUAACAUCUGAGAAAACAGCCAUGUCCUGGGUGAAAAAAGACGCCAAAAUUGCAUGGAAGAGAGCAGUGAGAGGAGUCCGUGAGAUGUGUGAUGCAUGUGAAGCCACAUUAUUUAACAUUCACUGGGUCUGCCAAAAAUGUGGAUUUGUGGUCUGCCUAGAUUGUUACAAGGCAAAGGAAAGAAAAAGUUCUAGAGAUAAGGAGUUGUAUGCCUGGAUGAAGUGCGUGAAGGGACAGCCUCAUGAUCACAAACACCUGAUGCCAACACAGAUUAUUCCAGGCUCCGUGUUGACAGAUCUUCUAGAUGCUAUGCACAAUAUUAGAGAAAAAUUUGAAAUCAAAUCCCAUUGUCAGUGUACCAGCAAGCAGAGCACGCAAGCUGGCAAGCUCCCUGCAAUGAAUGGUGUGUCUCAGGUUUUGCAGAAUGUUCUUAACCACAGUAAUAAAAUUUCUCUGUGCAUGCCUGAGUCUCAGCAGCAGAGUACUCCUCAAAAGUCCGAGACAAAUGGUAAUACAAGUCCAAGGAGUGAUGUAAGCACAGACAGCAAGUUAACACCGCCUGAAUCCCAGUCACCACUGCAUUGGUUAGCUGAUCUUGCAGAGCAGAAAGCCAGAGAAGAAAAGAAAGAGAACAAAGAAUGUCCUUCUGGAAAACACUCAAAAGAGGAGAAAGACCAGGAUAAUUUGGAGUCCCAAAACUGUAAAAGCUCCCCUCCUGCAUCCCAGAACAACGAGCAGGGCUCAACCUUACGAGAUCUAUUAACUACAACAGCAGGCAAACUGCGUCUAGGUUCUACGGAUGCUGGUAUUGCUUUUGCUCCAGUUUACUCUACAGGAACAGCAAGUGGCAAGAGUGGAAGGACUAUGCCAAACAUUCUCGAUGACAUAAUUGCUUCAGUAGUAGAAAACAAGAUUCCACCAAAUAGAGCACCAAAGAUAAAUGUAAAAUCUGAAAUAAAAGAUGAGCCAAAGGAUGACAGAAAAUGUAUUCAGGAUGACUGCAGUAAACUGUACAGUGAUAUUCAGUAUUCGUGGAUCUGUGACAAGCAUGUUUUGUGGCUCAGAGACCAUAAAAACAACAACAACUGGAAGCUCUUCAAAGAGUGCUGGAAACAAGGAAGGCCUGUUUUAGUGUCCGGUAUGCAUAAGAAAAUGAACUUCAGCCUGUGGAAAGCGGAAUCAAUUAGUCUAGAUUUUGGAAACCAGCAAGCUGAUAUCUUGAAUUGCAAAGACAGUAUUAUUUCAAACACCAAUGUCAAGGAGUUCUGGGAUGGUUUUGAAGAUGUUUCAAAACGGCAGAAAAUAAAAAAUGGGGAAACAGCUCUACUAAAACUGAAAGAUUGGCCUUCUGGUGAAGAUUUCAAGGCUAUGAUGCCUGCAAGAUACGAGGACUUAUUAAAAAGUUUACCCUUGCCUGAAUAUUGUAGCCCAGAAGGAAAGCUGAACUUGGCUUCUCAUCUGCCAGGAUUUUUUGUCCGUCCAGAUUUGGGACCCAGACUGUGCAGUGCAUAUGGUGUGGCUGCUACUAAAGACCAUGAUAUAGGAACCACAAAUCUCCAUAUUGAAGUUUCUGAUGUCGUGAACAUCCUUGUUUAUGUUGGCAUAGCGAAAGGAAAUGGAGUACUUUCCAAAUCAGGAGUUUUGAAGAAGUUUGAAGAGGAAGAUUUGGAUGACCUUUUACGGAAGCGAUUGAAAGAUUCAAGUGAAUUACCUGGUGCUUUAUGGCACAUUUAUGCUGGCAAAGAUGCUGACAAGAUAAGGGAGUUUCUGCAAAAGAUAGCGAAAGAGCAAGGCUUAGAAGUUUUACCAGAGCAUGAUCCAAUACGUGAUCAGAGUUGGUACGUGAACAAAAAACUUCGCCAAAGGCUUCUUGAAGAAUACGGAGUAAAAACCUGUACGGUUAUUCAGUUUCUUGGUGAUGCUGUUAUUCUACCAGCAGGAGCACUUCAUCAGGUGCAAAAUUUUCACAGCUGCGUUCAAGUAACUGAAGACUUUGUGUCUCCAGAACAUCUUGUACAGUCAUUUCACUUAACGCAGGAGCUGAGGCUGUCAAAGGAAGAAAUCAAUUAUGAUGAUAAACUGCAGGUUAAAAAUAUCUUGUAUCAUGCGGUUAAAGAAAUGGUGAGAGCCUUGAAGAUUCAUGAAGGUGAAAUGGAAGAUAUGGAUGAAAACUAAGCGCGCUCUGCUUUUUUGUGUUAACACCAGUCGGAGGUUAUUUUUUCUAAUACAUGAACAGUAUGCACACUAAUUCAAGCUUCACAAACCAUCAGUGCCAAGAAAACGUAGUCAUCGUAUUUACUUGUUAAUGACACUGCAACGGUAGAGCUUCAUAUCACAGCCACUGUGAUUACAUGUUAGACUUGCAAACAAUUACGCAGCGUUCUGCUGUCCUGUAUUAUAAUGUACAUGGAGUUUGUGAAAUGUCAAAGAUUUAAGAUGAUGUAUUUAUUUUUGGAAAAAAACCACAAAAUUCUAUGCUAUAUUGUUGAUCAAAUGUAAAUGUGACUUGUACAGUUUGCUAAAAUAAUUCAGAUAUUUUUCACUACAUUGAGACAGUUACUGUGAGAGUAGGACACAAACACCAGCUAUUGCCUGCAUUUGGGAUCUUGCUGAGUCCGCACAGCAGUCAUGUCAUAAUCUGAAAAUUACUGCCAAAUAAUUGUAAACUUUGUAAAAUAGAAAGUAUAUAAAGUAGAUAUUAAAUACAGACACUUCAGUAUUUUAUUGAAGCUAUUCAGUGUACAAUUAAACGUUUUCAAAAGGUGUAAUUUAUUUAAAAAUUGUCUCAUUUUGGUAAAAUUUAUGUGAACUUUUAAAGCUAAAUAUUAAACUUAAUAUGCUAUGUAAAUAUAUACAUAUAUACAUUCAAUGAUGUAUUUUUUUAAAACAUUGGCUUGCUUUAAUUUGUUAAAAGUGCAAGUGUUACACAUGCUUUGUACAUUGAAGUUGAAAGGGGUUUUACAUUUUCCAUUAAAAUGACUUUAUCAAAUGUUGUCGUGUUCGUGUUUUAUGUUUGUGGCCACGCGUGACAGCCCGAGCCGGGCCUUCGCUGCAGGGGCGAAUUGCGUCUGACUGCAGCGCUCGAAACAUUCUGCUGUGGUUGCUGCGCGCUGCUCUGCCCUCUCCGGGCUUGAGACAAAACUGCGAGGGGAGCUGCUCAGACAGCCGAGCCAGAGCGAGCCUCUCCUUAAGAACAAAACACUUAAAACCUCGCUUAUGUUCUGUCUUUAUAAUCCAGCAAUUACUUUGGGCGAAGGGGGAAAGGCAUUUCUGUAGAACAAUUUUUUAUGGCAUCUUGGCUCUUUACAGUUCAAGUAAUACUGCAAAAUAAUGGAUGUUUUUAAAAAAAAAAAAAAAAAAGGUAAAUGUUAGUUGAGCAGAAUUCCAGCUCUUGGAGUUAGUUUGAAAAGUUAAAGUGUACAGAGAUUUAAAUUAUUAAAACUAUGCAAAUGUUCAGAUUUGAUACCGAGUGUUUGGUGCAGCCGUUAGCUGGCUGGUGAUGUGUCUGAAAGGGGAUGGUCGCUACCCUGGUUACUGCUGCCAGCCUGACAAAAUCUGACUUGGGGUUUGGGUCACAAACCCCCCAAAACCCAAUAAAAACCCCCAUAUGAAUUAUCUUAAGAAAUAGUGAAACGCAAAAGCAAUUUCUGGUUCCAGAAGUUCUCUAUUUAGCUGGUUUGAAACUCUUGGGAUUUGUCUGAAGUUGCAAAGGAGUACGUUGGGGUUAAUGUCGCGGUGCUGGGCAGUCGGCGCUCAGCUUCGUAGGCGGCUCCGUGCAGCGUCUGCGUCUCCUUGGCGCUGCCUGCAGCACAGAACUACAGUGUCAGCUGAAGAUGCAAAACCUGCCACCGUAGCUUUGCUUCGUGACAAGUGGACUUCAGUCACAUGUACUUCUUUCUUUUUAAAGUUCAGGAUAUGUAAAUGAGUGAAUUUUAAUCAAGUCUAAGGUUUUCCCCCCCCCCCAAAUUGAGUUUUCGUGAGGUACUUUUAACACUUGUGAAAUUUGAGGCUGCU